AUGGCUACCUCUACCGCUGCCGGGGGAAAUCAGCCCCCAGAUCUGGAAAUGAAUCACGUCAAGACGUCACAUCUCGCAAACGACUCUGUGGAUUCGUUUGCGUGGGAAAACUUGGAGGUCCAAGUCAAAGACAGGGCGUCUCAUGCCCCUCUGUCCAUCCUGUCCCAGAGCUCCGGCUUCGUGCGCCCGGGCGAGAUGCUCGCCAUCAUGGGCCCCAGCGGCUCAGGCAAGACGACUCUUCUCAAUGCCUUGGCCCACCGCAUUGCCGCUGCCGGAUCUACCACCACCGGCGAUAUUCUCGUCAACGGACAGCCCGUCAACUUGAAGACUAUCCGAGACUUGUCUGCCUAUGUCGAGCAAGAAGACUCGUUGAUUGGCAGCUUGACAGUAAAGGAAACCAUGGUCUUUGCAGCCAGACUCGCACUUCCAAGUAAAACAUCAAAGAAGGAUGCUCUGCAACGUGUCGACGACCUCAUCAACAGCUUUGGUCUUCACGCUCAGCGAGAUACCAUUGUUGGUACACCCAUCAAAAAGGGACUUAGUGGUGGUCAGAAGAAGAGACUUGGUAUCGCGAGCCGUCUUGUCACGAACCCCAAGAUUUUGUUCCUUGACGAGCCCACGAGCGGCCUUGACUCUGCACUCAGCUUCGAGGUCUGCAGCUACAUCAAGUCUAUCGGGCGGCAGAAUAACCUCAUAAUUAUCGCUUCGAUUCAUCAGCCAUCUUCCGCCACCUUUCGACAAUUCGACAAGCUCUGCCUUCUCUCCGGCGGCAAGACAUGUUAUUACGGGCCCGUCUCCGACGCCUCCUCGUACUUUAACAUGAUUGGGUAUUCCAUCCCACCCGAAACAAACGCGGCCGAGUUCUACCUCGACCUUAUCAAUACCGACCUGGACAAGGACGGUGAAAUUUGCGCCAGAACCGACAAGAUCUGUAAAGCAUGGGCAGCUUCAAGGCAGCGUGUAGAUCUGGACACAUCCGUGAGCAAAGCUCGACAACUGCAGCAAGUGAGCUCGCCUCUCAAACCUGAGAAGCCUGCGGCCUGGAUGACACCACUGGUUCUGCUCCAGCGCUCAUGGAUCAAAUCUUACCGAGACGUCAUUGCCUACGGUAUUCGAAUCGCAAUGUAUCUCGGCCUUGCUAUUCUGAUGGGCACCGUCUUUUUGCGUCUAAAAACCGAACAGCAGUACAUCCAACCAUAUAUUAAUGCGCUAUUCUUUGGUGGCGCAUUCAUGUCUUUCAUGGCUGUUGCCUAUGUGCCGGCGUUUUUGGAAGACUUGAGCACCUUUAAGCAAGAACGCGCCAAUGGUCUCGUCGGGCCACUCGGAUUUCUGGUUGCCAAUUUCUUGAUUGGUCUGCCUUUUCUCUUCCUCAUUGCCCUGCUCUUCUCAGCCGUCGAAUAUUGGCUAUCGAAUUUCCGGCCGAGCGCCUCUGCCUUCUUCACGUGGGUACUAUGGCUGUUCCUCGAUCUCGUGGCAGCCGAGUCGCUCGUCGUCUUGGUGUCUUGCAUUUUUGACAUUUUUGUCGUGGCCUUGGCCGUCACUGCCUUUGCCAACGGCCUGUGGAUGUGCGUUGACGGCUUCCUCGUUCCCAUGAAUAUCCUCAACGUGUUUUGGAAAUAUGUUUUCCACUACAUUGACUAUCAGGCCUACGUAUUUCAGGGUAUGAUGGUCAACGAGUUCAAGGAUCGCGAGUAUCGCUGCGCAGAGACAUCGUCAGGCCAAUAUCAGUGCCAGUAUCCGAGCGAUCUCAACGCACAAGGUAAAAUACGAGGCACCGACGUGUUGCGCCAGUUUAGCAUUGAGACGGGGCUUGAAGGUACCUGGAUUGGAAUCAUGAUUGGCAUAAUUGCAGGGUACAGAGUGCUUGCAUAUCUUGUUCUGGUACUUCGAAAAUAA